CCAAUGAGGCGGGGAAUUCAAGCUUAUUAAAGAAGGAAGGCAGCAAAUAUAAUGCACUCAGGAGCAGGUGGAUAGGGGUGCAUUCAACUGAGAGGUGGCCUGGAGAGUACAAGUCCUUAGAAGUCUUCAUUUAAGAAAGAAAAGAAGAAAGAAAGUGCAAAGUCCCUCAAGCAGGCAUAGCUGUGAAUGGGAAAGUUAGAGGGCUUCUAGUGUUGCAGUAUAGUGUUUUUAUUUAUAUCUUAACAAGAGAACCUAAGAACAAGAAGACAAAUUUCUCUUGCAUCCUUUGGAUACAGCACUUUACUUCAAGGAGAACGGCCUUGAGGUCCCUGAACUGGAAGACACUUUUGAAACUGUGUGACAAUGUUCCAGAGGAUAUCUUGUCCCUUCCUCCCUUCUGGCCAUCCACUCCAGUUAUUGGCCAUGGGCCUGCUAGCAGUGACUUUUUGGAUUGGCCCUGUGGAAUCUGAAAAACAUGGAAAUGGAGUCAAUCAGGAGAAAAAAUCCCAGUGGAAUGAAACAAGCCUUCCCUUAUUAUCAUCCAAUGGCAAGAACCCUGCUACAGGGAAGAUCAACAGUGACAUCUCUCGAGAUGCCUGGUUGCUUCUUAUGAAACAGUCAAGUAAUGGGGUGACUGUCAAGAAAGCUCCCAGAAGCCAAACCCAAAGAUUAAAGGCCGACUUUCAUGGACCACCAGGACCUCUUGGAGCAACGGUUACUAAGAAAGAGAUGCUGAGAGAACUACGAUUGCUACUUAAGGGAAUAAUCCGGGAACGGGAAGGAGUCAAAGCCUGCAAAAACUGCCAGGAAGAGGAAGACAGGGAAGGAAUGGAAAAGAAAUUAUUUGCCCAGAUGAGUGGACUCCUCCUAGAAAGCAGGGAGCUCGCGAGAGUGGAGGCAGCCUUCUAUUGCCAGAUCCAGAAGAACCUUUCAGUGGAGCGACGAUCACUGAAAGAACUUCAACUCUAUUACAUACCUAAAAAAGGGGAGGCGUUCCAUCGUGGCCUAGGACUAAACCUUACAAGUGGUCAAUACCAGGCUCCUUUCAGUGGAUACUACAUCUUUAGUGUCACACUGCAUGUUGUUCUCAAUGACUAUGCAAGGAAGAGCCAGCCGUGUGCCCGAGAACGUUUGCGCUUGCUGAUCUGCAUCCAGUCACUUUGCCGCCAGAAUAUUUCUCUGAAAACAGUAAGGCACUUGGACAAAAACAGGGAACGUUUCACGAUUUCACUCACUGGGACCCUCUUUCUGCAGGUUGGCCAAUAUGCUUCCGUAUUUGUAGACAACGCAUCGGGAUCCUCCCUUGUUGUCCAGAGAGGGUCGGACUUCAGUGCUGUCCUUUUGGGCGUCUAAUCGACCUACACCCACCUUCCCUUAAACUGGAAUUUCAUUCGCUGUGAGCUAAGCAUGGCCCUUCAAUCUCGCAUGUGGAGAAGGCAACAUUAGAAGGAAUAGACACCUAUAUCUCUGCUACAUGAGCACAUCCAUGCUGCAGCUUGAUGAUUAAACUUGUUGUGAUGAAGAAUUGGACUGAGAAGGACUGGUAGCGUAUAUGGUAAAACGGAUCAAAAAGCGCUAAACAAUUGCCCUAUAGACAGACACUGUUCUACAAUGUCAACAAUUUCAUCUAUUACUAAAUGACGAUUGAUUAAUAUUUUGUUUCCAGAGAGGUUUUCUCUAACCUACUUUAUCCUUAGAAAUAUAUGCAUCUUGUUUUGAGUAGAGUCUCCGGACUAGCUUUUUUCCUGGAAAUAUAUAUUGUUUUCUGCUCAACAAGAAUAGGCUAUGCAGAGUCACACUUUUCAAUUAUAGUAAAGGUUUCCUUAACACUAA